GCAUGCUUAUGACAACCCUGGUGUGGUAGUGUGUAUCUGUGAGGCAUGCUUUGCUUGAUGCAGGAGGACGAGGGAUAAGUGCUCUGCUGCCUAAGUACAGAAGGAGUGACAUCGACGAGGCCCCAGAUUGGUGAUGUCUCGUGAACGGCUCCCUCACAUUGGUUCAUCUGGGAGUAAAACAAAAGCCAAGGCCCCUGUCUCCUCCCCGGCUCUCCAGCGCCCCCGUCAAGCUAAUCACCGAAAAUACAGCCAGCAGCAGACAUCAUCCUCUUCCUCUCACCCACACCCAGGGCCGUCUUCCACCAUCCUCUCAGACAGCACCAUGACGCCUUGGGGAGGCCUGGCUCUCUCCGAAUCGUCCUUUACCUCAAUCCCCCUGCCCCCCCCUCCACGGCCCCCUCCACUUCCACCUCCACCACCUCCUGCUCCUCAGCCGACGCCGUCCACUCCUUAUCGAGGGAGACGUAACGAAGACGAGGAAGUUUCAAGUACAAGUUUUAACUCUGAGGCUCCGUCUCCACCUGGUGCAGUCCCUCAGGACAGUCUGGUUGGAGGGGGUAGAGGAAUGCGGGCAAGACGGAGGUGCUUGCCCCAGCGUCGGGUGCCUCGUCCCCCCCGUCUCCCGCCACUGCGCCCCAUCACCAACCUCAGCUUCUCUCGGAGCUUCACCUUUUCUUUCUUCGAGCUGCCGCUGCACCAGUCACCUCGCUGCCGUGCUGAGCGCAUCAAAAACCUCAUGCUGCUUUUGAGACAGAUACACUACUGA